AGUCGAGUUUUCCACUAGCAGAAACCGCUGUUUCCCGAGUUGCCCCCCAAAGGUGUGAGGAUUUUCUUUUGAUCUGUGCUGUGUUUAUUGGCUCGCUUGAGGCCGGUGGCUCUCGCCGAGGUCAAUGCUGGAGGCGCUACAUGACACUCUUGAUAGGCCUAAGCCUUUCUUUCCCUCCUGUGAUGUUUGUUUGGAUGAUGAAAAAUUGAGGAUUCUUCAAAAGAAGAAGCCGAAUAAAGGAUAACCAGAAGAACCGAAGGUUGUUUGGAGGCUAUUUUGCGAAGAAAGGACUUCAAACCCGCCGUCCGUGUGUUGUGAGUGAUGUAAUGAUCCUCGGUCAGUCGUCCGCUUGUUCCAUGUGUUGUUAACGAAAACCCAUGUAAUCGAAAGUGAAACCUGUCAGGCAAAUUAAAUAACGCCGUUGUGAAGCAAUUUAGGGUAAAUGGCGAUGAAAUCUUUUGAACUGCGAAGUUAGCUCAGCUCCGGAACUGAUGCGGGCCCAAAUCCGACCAAGCCAUCUGUAAAGUGGGAAAAGUUUUCAAAAGAAUCACGUGAGAGUGCUUUUCGUGAACCGAAAUCGGAUUUGCAAAGUGCUGUGCCCCACAAAGAAAAGGAUUUAAUCGGAAGAGUUUGUCUGUUUGAAAACGGGAGGGGAAAAACUUUCCCUAGAAAAAGUGAUUAGUGGAAGAUUAAAUCAAUUCGCCGGAUGGUGACGCAUAAUAGAUGCGAAAUUUAUUACCUCCAUCUAUCACAGAUCGGGAGUGGAAAACGGUUUGAAUAUAUAUAUAUAUUUUCGUCGACGACGGUGGUAGUCAAGGGCAAUCAAUCAUCCCAGAACCCGAGUUGGAGGAACGUGAUUCUUGACAGGUCAGCCAGCCAGCCACCACCGGUUGCCUGGUUGUCAGCUUCAAGUGGAUCUCUGAAUUGAGUGGCUUCUAAUUGAAUUAAGUUCGGGUGCCGUCCCAAGUGCUAGUGAUAGUUGUGAAAUUUCGUAGAGAGGAAGUUUAAAUUCAGCGUGAAAGUGUGAAUCAAUCAACAGCAGCGCUUACAACGUGCAUCUGGGAGAGUGCAUUCUGUAAUUUAAGCAGCGUAGUCUGCGCUCUCUGUGGCAGAUCUUAUCCCAGCUGAAAGUACACCAGAUGGAACCGAUAUAUUUGCCGUCAAGGAGGGACGUUUAGCCAAGAAGAAAACUCGGUUUGUAACCGAUUGAGCAGCGUUGCACACUUGCUGAUCCCGUCGCAAAACGCCGGAUUACAAUGGCGAUACGGUUGGUGAAAAUGGCGGAACCGAAUGUUCUUUUCCCACCCACAACGCCACACAUUCGAUAAGACGAAGAUGGUGACAGGUAUAAUAAAUUUUCCUCGCCGCAUUUUCCAUCUAAGCAUCCUCGGGGUGCGAUAAGUGAAUUCAGGAAAAAUUCAUUUCCCACGCAAAUGGAUCCGUGCUUGCCCAUUCUCAGCGUUGUUGGUGUUGUUGCCGUUCGGAUGGAGGAUGGAAAUGGAAUUUAGGGAUCGUGGGCGAAUGAUUACGCCACAAUUAAUCAUCCUGAGCAACAUGUGUGUCCCGUGGUGAGGCGGUAAACUUGUUGGUUGUGUGAGUGCAGUAAUCGAUUCGAACCGUGCUAGAGUGAUUCUAAUUACGUGAAACGAAGAGAAGAAUACCGAAAAUGUCAUCUUUUAAAUUGAUCGACUAUACGAACAUCAGCUCGUUGAGUAUGACUGGAUUUAUCAACGCAAGCCUGAACUAUCUGAACACCAGCAUCGCCAAUGGGUCCGAACUGCUUCCGGUUCCGGUUGGUCAAGUGGUGGGUGGUGUCGGGAUCUCCUCCAGCUUCGGACUCAACAACAGUAGUGGUAGUGGUUUGGUGAUGAAUUCCUUUCCGACGUCGCUGUUCAACGGAUCGAUGCUGGAAUACGGAGUCCUGGCCAGCGGGGCGGCAGCGUCGGUCACCGUUGGCCAGGAUUUUGCGACGGCCAACUUUAGCUACCCGGGCAAUAACUAUGUGCAGAAAGAGUUUAUAUUCGAUCGGACCGAUGUGAGAGUGAUUUUUAUAACAUUGUACUCGUUGGUGUUCUGCUGCUGUUUCUUCGGCAACCUGCUAGUCAUUCUGGUGGUGACACUCUCGAGGAGGCUCCGUUCGAUCACAAACUUUUUCCUGGCCAACCUGGCCGUGGCGGACCUGUGCGUUGGCGUGUUCUGCGUGAUGCAGAAUUUGACCAUCUACUUGAUCGAAAGUUGGGUGUUCGGCGACUUCCUGUGCAAAAUGUACCAGUUCGUUCACUCGCUGAGCUACACGGCUUCGAUAUUCAUCCUGGUUGUGAUUUGCAUGGAACGGUACUUUGCCAUCAUCCAUCCCAUCACCUGCAAACAGAUAUUGACCUCCAGGAGGUUAAGGCUGGUCAUCGUGGCAGUUUGGAUCACGUCGGCCCUCUACUCGGUGCCAAAGUUCAUCUUCGUCCGAACGAUUACCAACCAUCUCGGCGACGACCAGAUGGAAACCAUCUGUAUCCAGAAUCGGAAGGCAUUCAACUCGGAGCUUUUCGAUAUCAUCAAUUUUGCCUUACUCUACGUGUUGCCGCUGCUGGUCAUGACCAUCCUGUACAGCCGGAUAGCGAUAGCACUGUGGAAAAGCUCCCGGGGGUUGGAGCGACACAUUGCCCUACAGAACACCACCUCGUCCAAUUACUCGAACAAUUUCAACCGAAAGCCGAGCAGCAAGUACGAGAAGCGGGCAGCCGGAGUCACCGAGAGUCAGGUUUCGGUGGAGUCCGACAAGGUGGUGGUUACGACGUGGCGGCAGAAUAGCUUCCACCAACGGCACGGCACCCAACUGACGCAGGUGUCACACUCGUCGAACAACGUCCUGAGGGCGAGGCGGGGCGUCAUCCGAAUGCUGAUGGUUGUGGUUCUGACGUUUGCCCUGUGCAAUUUGCCGUUCCAUGCGCGCAAAAUGUGGCAGUAUUGGUCCACAGACUACAAGGGCGAUUCGAACUUCAAUGCCCUGUUCACACCACUCACCUUCCUGGUGACGUACUUCAACUCGGGCGUCAACCCACUGCUGUACGCCUUCCUCAGCCGGAACUUCCGCAAGGGAAUGCGUGAACUGUUGCUCUGUUCGUUCAAGAAAAACAAGAACAAAUCCCUGAACCAACGCAUCCCGCUCCAUAACCAUUCCUUACCGACCGAUUCAACCCAUGUAGGAUUUCCCCAAUGAUGCUACGACCUGAUCGUGUGCCGCCGGUGCUGCUCCGGCCUUUGGAACCCCUUGGUUUGGUGGAACAACCAAAAGCAGCAGCGGUCCCAACGUCACCGCACCCUCGAUCAUGACCACGACCACCAGCACCAACCCACAAAGCAUCAUCAACAUCAACAACAACAACAGCAACAGCAACAACAACAGCAACACCCAAUCGAACUGUUCGAAUCCAUCAACAACGGCCGGGCCGCCGACGAGCUCAUCCAAGAUGACGAAGAUGAUGAUGAUGGCCGGCAGUCGGUUUCGAGUGCCACGCCGGAACAUCAACACACUG